UACCAUAAUUUUAAAAAUUAUGUAAUAUGCAAAAACCAUUGAAUUUCACAGUUUAAAUAGUGAGCUAUAUCUCAAUAAAGCUGUUUAAAAAAACCCCAAAGGCACAAUACAUUGUCAGAUGUACAAAAGCUGCAAGAAUUUAUCACCAGCAGUGUGACAAGAAAUGUUAAAGAAUGUCUUUCAGGGAGAAAGGAAACCAAAUGGAAGUCUGGAUCUACACAAAGGAAUGAGCAGUACUGGCAAUGGUAACUACAUAGCUUCACCUUCUCAAGACUCUCUUGUUAUUCAAGAAAAUAUCAUCAAGAACCAGGAGGGCAUGGAAGCUGAGUCACUAACUGCCCAGUCCCGGACACUGGUGACCUUCAAGGAUGUACUUGUGGACUUCACCAGGGAGGAGUGGAAGCUGCUGGACACUUCUCAGCAGGUCAUGUACAAAGAUGUGAUGUUGGAGAACUAUAAGAACCUGGUUUCUUUGGGACAUCAGCUUUGUAAGCCAGACGUGAUCCUCUGGUUGGAGAAAGGGGAAGUGCCCUGGCUACUGGAGAGAGAGAGUCACCCAGAGACCUAUCUAGAUUCAGAGACUGCAGUUGACAUUAAAUCAUCAGUUUCCAGUAAGAGCUUUUCUAAAGAUAAACAGACCUGUGACAUUAAAAUGGAAGGAAUAGCAAGGAAUGAUCUCUGGUAUUUGUCAUUAGAAGAGGUUUGGAAAUGUGAAGACCAGUUGGACAAAUAUCAGAAAAACCGGGAGAGACAUUUGAGGCAAGUGGCAUUCACCCAAAAGAAAGUACUUACUCAGGAGACAGUCUGUGAAAGUGGUAAAUAUGCAGGGGACUGUCUUCUUCCUGCUCAGCUAGUACUGAGAGAGUAUUUCCAUAAACGUGACUCACAUACUAAAAGUUUAAAACAUGAUUUAGUUUUUAGUGGUCUUCAGAAAAGUUGUACAAGUAACAGUAAUGAAUGUGGUCAAACCUUCUGCCAAAACAUUCACCUUAUUCAAUUUGCAGGAACUCACAUAGGAGAUAAAUCCUACAAAUGCCCUAAUAAUGACAACUCUCUUACUCAUGAUACAUCCCUUGGCAUAUCAAAGGGCACACAUAGAGAGAAACCCUAUGAAUGUAAGGAAUGUGGAAAAUUCUUCAGCUGGCGGUCUAAUCUUACUAGACACCAGCUUAUUCAUACUGGAGAGAAACCCUAUGAAUGUAAAGAAUGUGGGAAAUCUUUCAGCCGUAGUUCUCACCUCAUUGGACAUCAAAAGACUCAUACUGGUGAGGAACCCUAUGAAUGUAAAGAAUGUGGAAAAUCCUUUAGCUGGUUCUCACAUCUUGUUACCCAUCAGAGAACUCAUACAGGAGACAAACUAUACACAUGUAAUCAGUGUGGGAAAUCUUUUGUUCAUCGCUCCAGACUUAUUAGGCACCAGAGGACUCAUACUGGAGAGAAACCUUACGAAUGUCCUGAAUGUGGGAAAUCUUUCAGACAGAGCACACAUCUCAUUCUGCAUCAGAGAACUCAUGUUAGAGUGAGGCCCUAUGAAUGUAAUGAAUGUGGGAAGUCUUACAGCCAGAGAUCCCACCUUGUUGUGCAUCAUAGAAUUCACACUGGACUGAAACCUUUUGAGUGUAAAGAUUGUGGAAAAUGCUUUAGUCGGAGCUCUCAUCUUUUCUCACAUCAGAGAACCCACACUGGAGAGAAACCAUAUGAAUGUCUUGAUUGUGGGAAAUCCUUCAGCCAGAGUUCUGCCCUCAUUGUGCAUCAGAGAAUUCAUACUGGAGAGAAACCAUACGAAUGUUGUCAGUGUGGGAAAGCCUUCAUCCGGAAGAAUGACCUCAUUAAACAUCAGAGAAUUCAUAUUGGAGAAGAGACCUAUAAAUGUAAUCAGUGUGGCAUUAUCUUCAGCCAGAACUCUCCAUUUGUAGUACAUCAGAUAGCACAAACUGGAGAGCAGUUCUUAACAUGUAAUCAGUGUGGGACAGCACUUGUUCAUAUCCCUAACCUGAUUAGAUAUCAGACCAAUCAUAUUAGAGAAAAUACUUACUAAUGUAAUGAAUAUGGAAGAUUCUUCACAAA